GCAAGGGGAAACAUGUGAGCGCUCUGAGGAUCUAGUGAGAGACAAUUUUGUGCUUACUUUUUUGACCCAAUGCACUGUGCUGAAACGGAUUUUAAAUCAGAAGGAAGGACACAAAUUAAGCUUACUGCAAUUCUCAGAGUUUGCUUAUUCUUUGCUUUGUUUUCUUUACGAGAGAAAAAUGUGUAUUUCUGGGGUAUGCCAUCAUAACCAGCACUACCAUUAAUUUAUUUUAAAUAACAUUUUUUUCUUUAGCAAAUAUUUAAUUCUGAUUACUUUAUGCGUAUACCUUUAUUAAAGUAAAAUAUUAUAAUCCUUUACCUGUGAUACAGCAUAUAGGUCUAUAUAAAUAUAGAUAAUAGAGUAUUUUGUAGUUUGCACCGUUGCUUUCAACAGUGAUUUCUCUCACAUCUUUUGAUUCCAACGUUUUUUCAAUAUGAGGCAUUUGAAAUUUGUACUCGUGUUGGCUAUUGCAGUCAACGUUUGGGAAUGUGGGGAUUCGAAAUUUGGCGAGAAGGGGGAAAUAAGCCCGAGGAGAAGGAGAUGUUACGACGGGAGCAUGCCCAAGCGACUGAAGAAGAGGGAAAGAAAACUGUCAGUGGACAGCGGUGCAAGCAGCGGGGAAGUUUGUCACAGGUUGUACCCUCGUGUGUCAUGCUGCCCAACCAGGCGUGCUGCUUAUCAGAUAGUCCACCGGCGUGAUGCCAGGAUCUUCUCCACCAAUAACACGGAGUGCAGCCGUCUCCUGGAGGAGAUCAAGUGUGCACACUGUUCACCCAACGCCCAAGUGCUGUUCCACUCCCCCGAGUCGGACAAGGUCCCCCUCAGAGAACCCCACCUGCCACGCCUCUGCCAGGACUACUGCCGAGAGUUCUACUAUACCUGCCGCGGACACAUACCAGAGCUGUUCCAAGCCGAUGUGGAUGAGUUCUGUCAAUACUACGGACGGCGGGACGGAGGCCUGUGCUUCCCAGAUUUCCACCGAAAGCAAACACGGGGACAGGACUCCAACUACUUGGGAGAUGAGAAAGUCGAAGACAUCAACAGGAAGCACAAGCACAACUGCUACUGUGCCCAGGUGGUGCUGAGUGGGCUGAGGCAGCCAGUAGCCGUGAUGCACUGUGGGGACGGAUCCCAGCGCCUCUUUGUCCUGGAGAAGGAGGGCUUCGUCCGGGUGCUGACCCAUAACAUGGAGCUGCUGAAAGAGCCUUUCCUGGACAUCCACAAGCUGGUGCAGACCGGACUCAAGGCAGGAGAUGAAAGGGGUCUGCUAGGUCUCACAUUCCACCCCAAUUACAAGAAGAACGGCAAGCUGUACGUCUCCUACACCACCAACCAGGAGCGCUGGGCCAUCGGACCGCACGACCACAUUCUGCGCGUGGUCGAGUACACCGUCUCCAGGAAAAACCCAAACGUGGUGGACAGUAGGACCAUGCGGAUGCUGAUAGAAGUGGCAGAGCUGCACAGGAAGCACCUGGGAGGACAGCUGCUGUUUGGCCCUGACGGCCUGCUGCACAUCGUCCUGGGAGAUGGCAUGAUCACCCUGGACGACAUGGAGGAGAUGGACGGCCUUAGUGAUUUCACAGGGUCUGUGUUGAGGGUGGAUGUGGACACAGACUGCUGCACGGCUCCCUACUCCAUACCCAGGAACAACCCCUACUUCAACAGCACCAACCAGCCACCAGAAAUAUUUGCCCACGGACUCCAUGACCCAGGCAGGUGUGCCGUGGACCGGCAUCAUACGGAUAGCAACGGGAGUCUCUUGAUCCUGUGCACGGACGCCAGCGGUAGGAACGCGUCUGCAGGGAGAAUACUGGCGAUCACUAAGGGGAAAGACUACGAGAACGAGGCAUCCAUCUUUGACCUGGCGACCAGUGGAGGAGCAGCACCUGUGGGAGGGUUCAUCUACAGAGGCUGUCAGUCCAGGAGGCUCUACGGGAGCUAUGUGUUCGGAGACAAGAACGGGAACCUGCGGAUCCUCCAGAAGGGCUCAGCGGCGGCAGGGGACCAGUGGCAGGAGAAAGCUCUGUGUCUGGGGACCAGCAGCUCCUGUGGCUCCGCUCUGGUGGGACAUAUCCUGGGCUUCGGAGAGGACCAACUAGGUGAAGUGUACAUCCUGGCCACCAGUAAAAGCAUGGCUCAGUCACACAGUGGGAAGCUCUACAAGCUAGUGGACCCUAAAAGGCCCGCGGUCCCUAAGGAGUGUCAGAGACAGGUGGAGGCCCCGGAGCUGCUGGGAACGGCCUGCUCACGGCAGUGUAAGAACGGACACUGCACCCCCACCGGGAAGUGUUGCUGCAGCACCGGCUGGGAGGGACCCUUCUGCAGAGUGGCUAAAUGCGAGCCGGCCUGUCGUAACGGAGGCGUGUGUGUUGAGCCCUACAGCUGCCUGUGUAAGAGCGGCUACUCGGGCGCCCAGUGUGAGAAGGGCGAGCGGGGCAUGCCUAGCGACCAGGAGAAGGACGGCAUCCUGGACCACAUCAUAGACAUGACCUCGUACCUGCUGAACCUCACUAGCUACAUGGUAUAGGGGCAUGGGGAGGGGGUCCACUCCCACCGCAACCCCCCUCCCCGGCUCCCUUGCUCAACCACCGGAGAAGCCCAAGCAGAGCCUCCCUCCUCCGUGAUUCACCCCUGAGACACACCACCCUGUCUGAACGUACCCUGUCCCAGUCAACACCCAGACUCUGGUAAUCUUCCUGCCCAUAAGCUCCGGUAGGCUACGUACACCAGGCAUCCAGGCCAAGCAUCCCUCCAGAGACCAUCACACAGACAGACACAGCAACGUGAUGGUUGAAUGCAUGGUAAUCGUCAUCUAUGGUCUAAUGGUUGGACCUCCACCAUGGCUACAUAAGCUCUUUUAUACUCUUCUUCUCCAGGAGAAAGUUCUCCUCUCUCUCCCACUCUGGAACCCCCAUGCAGAUGACUUGAUAUUAGCACUGCACCCCUGCUGAGAACAGAGGGAGACCCCCUCGCGUUCUCUCCACACAACAACAAAAAAACAGCGGCCAUUUUGACUGACGCCUUACAGAGAGCGAAGGGGAGUCGGCUGAGCUGAAACACGGCGAGGCGGGCGGAGGCGUGGUGACUUAAGUUAUCCCCCAGGACUGGAGAGUGGACAGCACAAUACUGGGGGUUAGCUUUGGGUCUGCCUUCACCAACACAACACAGUCUAUAUACAGCCUUUAAAUGAACAUGCCAAUCUCUUCAGCAUCAGCAAUGCAAUGAUACUGACACUGACUGAAGAGUUUCUGAUAAUCUUACUGUGCCGUGUAUAGAGCCCCAUACAGAGUCCUGUACUAUCUUGUCUAAAGGCGCUAAUAUGAACGGCCAAUAGUCCAAUGUCACAGUAAUAAUAAUGAUUAUUGUUAUUUUGACCCACUGUUUUCUCCGGGUGAUGUUUUGUGGGCACAUCUUCAUAGAAAAAGCUACGUUUUGAUACUUCAUGAUACAGCGGUAUAGAUUUGUUGUUCAUCGCUCACUUGACAUGCUGCCAAUGUACAGAAUGGAUCCAUAGCUGAAGAAUGAGUGUCUUUGGACUCAACAGGUAUCGAUAGAGUUUAUAUGGCUGUGUCCCAAAUGGCACCCUAUUCCCCGUAGAGUGCACUACUUUUGACCAGAGCCCUAUGGGCCCACGUCAAAAAUAGUGAGCAUCAUACGGAACAAGCGUGCCAUUAGGGACAGAGUCUAUGACAUUGUUAGGAUAGAGCUCAUAGCUUUGCACUCCCAAUGUCAACGCCAGUUUGAUACAUUUGAAAUGGAGUCAUCAACUCCACGCACUGUAAUGUAAUGUUUUUUUUGUGUUUCACAAUCAAGGGCAGGUGAUUAUGUUGGGACUAGAGUACGGUGUCAUACAGCAGUGACGUUGUCACACACUAACACAGUGGCACGCAGCAGGUCAAAUCUCACUCUUAAUCUCUCACACUGAACACACACACACACUAACACAGUGGCACGCAGCAGGUCAAAUCUCACUCUUAAUCUCUCACACUGAACACACACACUAACACAGUGGCACGCAGCAGGUCAAAUCUCACUCUUAAUCUCUCACACUGAACACACACACACACACUAACACAGUGGCACGCAGCAGGUCAAAUCUCACUCUUAAUCUCUCACACUGAACACACACACACACACUAACACAGUGGCACGCAGCAGGUCAAAUCUCACUCUUAAUCUCUCACACACACACACACACACACACACACACUAACACAGUGGCACGCAGCAGGUCAAAUCUCACUCUUAAUCUCUCACACUGAACACACACACACACACUAACACAGUGGCACGCAGCAGGUCAAAUCUCACUCUUAAUCUCUCACACACACACACACUAACACAGUGGCACGCAGCAGGUCAAAUCUCACUCUUAAUCUCUCACACUGAACACACACACACACACUAACACAGUGGCACGCAGCAGGUCAAAUCUCACUCUUAAUCUCUCACACUGAACACACACACUAACACAGUGGCACGCAGCAGGUCAAAUCUCACUCUUAAUCUCUAACACUGAACACACACACACACACACACACUAACACAGUGGCACGCAGCAGGUCAAAUCUCACUCUUAAUCUCUCACACUGACCACACACACACACACACACACACACACACACACACACACACACACACACACACACACACACACACACACACACACA